GGCCAUCACGUCAACCCGGUCAGGCGUGCCGGCUCUGAGGGGAACGUUAGGUGGAGCCCCGUCCCUUCCCCUCAGCGGGGCCGAGGCGACGGCAGGGCCUCACCGCCCUUCUGGGCCGGCCCGGGUGCGUUUCCCUCUCCGCUUGUUUAACGGCAGAGCGGCAGGUUUGACUGCUUGCUUUGAGCAGGGGACUGAAUGAAAUCCUCAUGAUCGUUACAUGCUUGUUCAAUAAUAGCACACCCCAGUCACGUCUCCUCGCAAGCACAUUUCGUUGGAAUCACUGAGCAGAAGCAAAGAAGAGCUGACGACUAUGUGUUUCCAACGCAGGUUGCCGGAGCCCUGUGUUUGCCAUUGGCUGCAGUUUUCUGGUUUAUUUGCAGCUUCCCCCAUCUGGAAUAUGAAAAUGGGAUUGAAGUAGAUAAUUGCUAGCAGCGGGUUUUCAAGAGAGGCUUAGAGGGAACAGAAUGCCUCUUGCACAGCACAGGCUGCCUGCACUGAAAGAGCUCUGAGAGAUGAUUUUAGAUGUUACCCACGUCUGAAUCUCCUGGAAACUUUACCAUGGAAGCAAGCCAUUGCGCACAGUCCUGGAGCUAACAUCCGAAAGGGGCAAAAAAGGGGCAUCAGGGCCAAACAAUGGGAUACCUUGUCCUUGGAUUGCUCACAGAAAAGCCAGCAAGCGUUCUCCUCCACUUCCCCACAAAAAGGGUAUGAAGUCUGCAAUGAACUGAAUUUUACUAAGUGGAGCUUCAGUGGUUUUUAAGAAGGAUGGGAUACACUGACCCUUCAUCAAGCAGGGAUUUGCUGGGAAACAGAACUUUGUUCUUCAUAUUCAUCUGCGCCUUUGCCGUGGUCACCUUGCUGCAGCAGAUCCUCUAUGGGAGAAACUAUCUCAAAAGAGGGCUGCAGUUUAGCUGGCAGAAUGGAGAGGAAUUGGCAAAUUGGACCGGCACCUUUAAUUUCACGGAUGACGGAGCAGUGAAGAGUGGCAGUGACACAGGCACCAGGUAUUUUGAGUUUUAUGAAGGACCUUUGGAAUACAACUCUACCAAAUGCCUGGAAUUACGGCAGGACAUCAUUGAGGUGAAGGUUUUGUCUAUGGUGAAACAAACAGAAUUGUUUGACAGAUGGAAGAGCCUACAGAUGUGCAAAUGGGAGAUGAAUGUCACAGAAGCUAAUUUAUUCAAGUCUACUUUGUCAAGGUGUUGCAAUGCCCCAGCCUUUCUGUUCACCACCCAGAAAAAUACUCCCUUGGGAACUAAACUGAAAUACGAAGUGGAUACUAGUGGAAUCUUCCAUAUCAACCAAGAGAUCUUCAAAAUGUUUCCGAAGGAUAUGCCAUACCACCGCUCCCAGUUUAAGAAAUGUGCAGUGGUUGGGAACGGAGGAAUUCUGAAGAACAGCAGAUGUGGCCGGGAGAUUGACAGUGCAGACUUCGUGUUUCGAUGCAAUUUGCCUCCUAUAUCUGAGAAAUACUUCAUGGACGUUGGGGUAAAGACGGAUGUCGUGACUGUCAAUCCCAGUAUAAUUACUGAGAGAUUUCAUAAGCUAGAAAAAUGGAGGAAACCCUUCUACGAUGUGCUCCAGGUCUACGAGAACGCUUCCGUGCUGCUGCCAGCUUUCUACAACACUCGCAACACGGACGUUUCAAUCCGGGUGAAAUAUGUCCUGGAUGAUUUUGAAUCUCAGCAAGCUGUUUAUUACUUUCAUCCCCAGUAUCUCAUCAAUGUCUCACGCUACUGGCUCGGCCUCGGGGUGCGGGCCAAGCGGAUUAGCACUGGACUGAUCCUGGUGACUGCUGCCCUGGAGCUCUGUGAAGAGGUCCACCUCUUUGGCUUUUGGGCCUUCCCCAUGAACCCCUCAGGGAUUUUUAUAACUCACCACUACUACGACAAUGUGAAACCUCGCCCUGGUUUUCAUGCUAUGCCCUCAGAAAUCUUCAACUUCCUCCACAUGCACAGCAAGGGGAUCCUGCGGGUUCAUACGGGGACCUGUAGCUGCUGUUGACAGGGACACUUCUUCCUCUGACGCAAAAGUGUGACAGAAACUCGAUGCCUGUUUAUGGUUACAUCCUGAGAUUAUGCAAUAAUUGUUUGAUAUAAAUUUCCUCAAGGCAUUGCAUCCCAUAGGAUCUAGGAUACCAGCAUCUUUCUUGCUAGCAGAGUUGGGUCCGUAACAGUGUAGGAGAAGUAAAACUGCUCUGUCCCAGGGUAUACGCUGCCCUGGAAAGCAAGUCAGAUAAGGAGCAUAUUUCAAUAGGUUUAGGGGUAAACAGAGCACAUUAAUAUAUUUAUCGUUUCAGUAUGGCAAAAAGCACCAAAAUUUGAAGAGAAUCAGUGAUGGAGAAUUUUAGCAUAGACUGUCUGACUUUAUGUAGGUUUCUGAAUAGAGUACCUUGGGGCAUUGCCAGAUUUUGUUGAAAGCACUGUUCUCUGGCAUUUGGGUUUUUGAAAAUACUCUUUAGCAUUAUAGUUUUAAGGGAAAGGAUAUAGCUUGAGGUCUUUGUUCUGUAAUGUCACAAGGUAUCGUGAAAAAUAGCAGAUAGAUGUGAUAGGAAUACACAAGAUCCCUUUAUGAUUUUUUUUCAGCAAGGAUAGAAGGGAAUGUUAAACUCCCAUUCAUAGCAACAGGUAACUGUGUUGAUCAUAGUGUGCAAUUAUUUUAGAGUUUCUUUUUUCUUCCUUCUUGUAUUUUGUAUUUCCAGUCUCCUCUGCUGAUCGUAUUUUCUUUCUUGCUGUCUGUAAUGCUUUCCUUCUAGCUAAUGCAUGAACAAUGUGUGUACUUCCUCCUACAGUGACCAUCUCAGCUUCAGAUUGGAGUUCUUAUGGAAGAAACAUGCUCCUUCACAGUUCUGCAAGCUUUUCUUGGGCUGAAUAGCAAGGAGAUUACAUAGUUAUAUUUUCUGAUUUGAUUUUUUGGUUCAAAUAUCACAGCGUAAGAUAGAAAAAAAAAUUUCCUCAUUGAUUUUUAUUACAGUCUUUGUAAGAGUAUCUGAAUGUUGAUUCACUGUUGUGCAGGUUGAGUCAAAUACUUUCAGGUAUCUGGUAAGUACUGGCAGGAAAUGAAGUUAAAAUAUAGUGAAGAUACAUUGUGGCUUUGAUUAUGAUGCUUAUUUUAAGAUUAUGCAUCUCAAGAUGUUAGAUGCCUUAACGUGGCAUUUUUGUAUGUUGAGAAUGUUAUUAGGAUAGUAAAAGGGCUGGUGUAUUCAUUGAAAAGUUAUGAAUGUAACUCUGUCAGUUAUGCCAAGCUUUAUUUUCCACUUUGAUACAGGUGAAUUGACAAAGUCCGGAUGCAGAAAAGAUGCCACAUGUUGCUGGGGUUUGUUUUGGCUGCUGAGCUGUGGUGCAGUAGGCUGCUGCUAUGUGCCCUUUUCAAACUGAUAUGACUGUGUACCCAGGAGGGUGAGGUUUGCUGUUUCAGCUGUGCUGGCAUAGUUAAAUGAGUAGAGUUUCCUCGUAUAAAUUCUUAGUCUGAAGCACUUGGGCUGCUGUCCAGUGCCUUGUCUUGUCUUACUUAGAUUACAAGAUCUUUGAUCAAGCAUUUGGAGUUUAAAGCCCUAGUUCUACCUGAGUGAUACUUUUUUUUUUUUUUUUUUUUUUUUUGGAGGGAGGAGAGGGUUUAAAUCCAAAUCUGGACUUGGAUUUUAGUUUUGAAAUGCAUGAAUGCACAAAGCUUCUUUUAAAAGCCUCUGUGCUAUGCUGAGAACUGUGAAAGUUGCUCACACUACAGAUAAAAUUAUCAGAAUGAUGGGAAGCACAAUGGUCACCAUUUCAAAAGUCCCCACUGACCAGCAGUGACUUGGAUGGUAUGUGAGAGUGUAUUUCCUCAACUUGAUACUAGACUCCAGAGGUCUGACUACUUUAAGAGCAACCCCUAUCCUUGAUAAAGGUGUCAGAACUCACUUGGGAAAUACCAGCCAGGAGUAGGUGAAGGACCUGUGCUUAAGCUUUAUAUAUUUGUGUUGUGCUUUUGGUCUUAGAGUUAAACUUUGUGUUUAGCGAGCAUCACCUUGUAUCAGCUAGCUGUGAAAUAUGCAGCACACUAAGAAUGAACUUGUAGAUGAGAUAGUUUCCUUGAUUUAAUAUGCAAAAGAGAUCUUGGUCUUUGCUGUGUUUUGUAAAUUUAUGUGCAAAGGGCUUUGAUAAUGAAGUGCUGUAAUGAAAGUGCUAUUUAGAGAGCAAUGUGACCCUGUGGGUUGGCCAUCUUGCUGUGCAUUAAGCUUUAUGAUAACAGUAGUGACGCUGAGGCUGGUACCUAGAGCCCUUACUCCUUCUUCUGCCUGAGUAUGGGACUAGUAGUGACUUCAGUACUGCUUUGCUGCUGCUGCUUUGCUAAGGUUACCUUCUUCAGUAAGGGGUUUUUCUUUACUAUGGUGAUUGAAGUGAACAAAAGCAAUUGAAAGGAGUCUGGUAUGUUGCAAAAGAUCCUUUGAAAAAGAUGGGAAAGCACUUGAGAAGCAUCCCUGUUAUGGAAAGAAAUAGUGCAAAUCCCUCUUUUUAGUUGCAAAAUUCCUUUUGGACUUUUUGGACAGACAAAAGGAUAAGCAAAACUGUAAUUACAGUUAACCUGGUAAUUACAGGGUCACAGACAUUUCCUUUCCUUUGUUUGCUUCAUAUAAAUGAGCAAUGUAAAUUCACCUAGGUUAUACUGUAACAAGUGCAGUUUUUCUGUGUUUAGAUUUUGAUCAGUUGUAAAUCUAUAGCUACUAUAUUUUUUUAAUGAUUUUAAAAUGUGUGUGCAGGAUACUCGCACGUAUGCACCAAAGGCCCAGUCUUGCCACAUUUAUUUGAAAAGAGCUCCCAUUCAAGUGGAUGGGUAUUAUAUUUGUGUAGGGGCUGUAGAAACAGGCCCAGACAUGUCUGUGAAGGUGUACAUAGAUGUAUAGUUAGAUAUAAGGCGUGAUUUGCAAGCCAGAAAGAUACUUAAAGAAAUAUAUAUAUAACACAGUCCUUGAGAUGAAAUGCAUAUUGCAGCGUGUUUACUUUCUGAUUCAUUUUUUCAGGUGUUGCUCAAAAAAUGAUGGGAAAACUAUGGCAUCUGUCAGAAAUGCCAUAUGCAGAAGCUGUCAGUUAUUUUUGUCCUCCUUACCUUGCACCGGGAGCUGUAAAAUCAGAUUCCUGCUGCCAUACCACAUCAUCUGUGGGGAUGAAUGGAAAUGAUGUGGUGGCAGCUUGCAGGAGCAGGUCUGAGGAUGAGCAGGAUUCCUACUGCUUUGUUCUCCAUGGGUAGCAAAUAAAUACUGUCUGGGAUAUUUUAGCUACAUGGAGGUCACUGUGGGGUGGGUGAGCCAGCAUUGACCAGCCUGAGCUUCUGCCCGUCCUGCUUAAAUGGACGAAAAGAAGGGCUGUUGCAGAAAGAAGGACACUCCUUAUUUUCUGCCAUCAUUUUUUUUUGUGUGUAUUGAGUGUAAGAAAAUACUCUUCUGACAUCAAGAAUCUGUCUGAGUUUGAGGCUAUUUUGUUUUUCCUUCUCCCAUACAAUCAAAGCUCCAAAUGUUCAACCUUCUUUGAACAAGGGAUACCUGAAUGAUAAGAAGUGUCCAGAAGCUGGGUGUGUUUGCUGCACACCAUUACGGGAAAUAAAGGGCGUGUAUAGCAUGUCAUGCUUUCCCACAGAGAAGGCUGCAGGCCCCAGAGAAAUCCCCCAAUACAAAAAUCUGAUCUGUCCAAGAAGAAAAGCUGUUAGCUGUCUGGUACCAUAUCCUGAGCUCAAGCUGUAAUCCCAUCACUGCUGCUGAGGACAUGAAAUCUGAGACAGGGAAAGAGAAAAUUAUAAUAUUAUGGUUUAAUCCUCAACUCCUCAUACUAUUUAGGAGAAUCUCUUAAGAAGUUUGUGAGAUCUGCAUACACUGGCAAUGCAAAUUCAGUUGGAAAAACGUAACAAGGACUGCUUCUCCUUUAUUGUCGGGUUGACAGAGGAGGCUUAUGAAUCUGCCAGUGCUUUCAUCAAAGGAAGGAAGUAUUUAGUUGGAAUAGUUUAGCUGCUUGCUUUUGAUUUAUGAAAUCCAACUUUGCUGUUGGACAGAAUGCAUUAAAUGAUGAUAGGGUCAUUAUAAUAUUUUAGCAUAUUUUUCGUGAUUGCAAGAGAGCUGUCAAAGCCAGCUCAUGAAUUGCAAAGGGAGAGCCAUGCUGUGUCUGCUCCGCCUGCUGCCAUCUCAGUGAGGAGAGACACCAUGGUGAGGAGGUCCAUGGUCUCCUGGAAAAGCAAUGUAAAGGGAAUAUAGGAGAUUGCAACCCCAACUCUGAUACAGGGCCUUUAGCACUGUGGAGUAACAUGAUAAUGAUAGGUGAAGCUUCAGAGCUUGCAACAGUCAGGAGUAGCUCCCCUGGUCCCCAGCAAGAGCUGCCCCCAUGCAGGCUUGACUGAUGAUAAAUUAAAGGUGAUGUUCACUCAGGGUGGUUAGAUGUAGUAGAUGGAACAAAAUCAACUCUAAGAAUAGUCCGCUCUGUGGGGGUUCGCUGAAUCAGUAGAAAUGUUGCUCAGACCUUGAAGGCAAAAACUGUGGUGGUGACGCAGCUAUGUGGGCGGACUGUCCGUGCUCAGCUUCCCAUGGCAGGAAGGAGCAAUCUCUGGUUUGCGUGUGAGGCAAACUGACGUGGAUAAAACACUGAGACGUGGAGCAAGACAGAAUCUGUCCUUUUUGAUCUUCUGAGGCUUGGUAGCUUGUCAGCAAAGCUCUGAUUUUAGAGAGCACAAGCUGGGAAAACGGAGAGCUCUGAAAUGGUCAUUUCCCCCAGCUUGGUUGCAUCUAAGCAUGCAGAGAACUUUGGAGCUUUUACAAGUAUAUGAAGAAGGAAAUAACAAAAUUUGUCCAUAUCUAAAAGCCAGAUUCCCUGGGAAGUUCUGGAGUGAGCUCAAGUUUUAAGAAUAAAGGAGUCAAUAUUUAUGGUUAAGGCCUUUUCCAAAGUCCAGUGAAGUCAGUGGAAAGUUUGGUGUACUUCUGAGAAAGCCUCCAGAAACAGGCCCUAAUCAUGGGCAGGAAGAGCAGCCUCCUGUUUUUUACUCACUUGAUUUCAGAUACAUUUUUUUAAUAUAUUGUAGGUACAGUGCAGUAGCAAUACUGUGUUUUUAAUGUUGUGCGUAAUGAACAAACUUAUCUGGAAGCAGAAAUGUUGUGACCGUCACUCUCCCUUCCAGAUUUCAGCACUUUUCAUCCUUUCAAACUCAUCUAUGCAAAGCACUUCAUCGUGGUAGUGUAAAUCGCCAUAUGAAAUCACAAAUGAACCCUCUGUACCUGACUGUAUGUAUGCGAAUCAUAUGCCUUUAGAAAAGUAUUUUCUGCUUGCUUUAAAAUACCAGCAUGGAAUUUAUCAGUGAUACGAACAUGUUUAAGGCAGGGUUCAGCCCAUUCCCUUUAUAUCCAGCACAACAUUCACAUUUGGCUUCGAUAGAAAAAAACCAUCAGGUCCAAUGCUUGUAAGUCAAGCCAAUAACCCACAUCUCCCCAAAACCCCUCCCAGAUUAUUUUUAUAUUAUGUCUUAUUAUCAUCCUGUCUAAUGUGGGUGAGGCUGCUGGGCAUCCCUGUGUUGUCUGCAUGGUAAUCAAAAUCAACAAGCAAUUGUACGUAAGUGCUUUUUAAAAUAAACUUAAGGGAAAUCCAAAUGUACGCUAGGCAUUUGAGUGAGGGAGCCUGGGUCCCAGGCAGUCAGCACCUCCAGUGCUCCCUGAAGCCCAUAGUGAGGGACAGGCCCAUAGUGGAAUACUUAAAGGAAAGACAAAUCUGCCUCAGCGCUUCAAGGAUUGAAAGCUGUAAAUAUGUUACUGACACGUCUGACUUUCCAUUUAGAAGCCGUAAAUGUUCUUGGUGUUUGAUCUUUGGGUAAGUUGAUGUACAUUUUUAACUGUACUAAUCACUGUAAAAUGUGUUAGCAUGUGAAAUGGUUACAAAUUAAGCCAGCGAAAUCAUAUAUUGUGUUGGCUAGUUCUUGAAAUGUCUGUUCUACCUGAAACUGUCUGAUGGACCAAGACACUGAAAUAUCUCCAGCGCUCUAUACAGCUUGUGAAGACUUCGGUUAUUACCUGUUUUAGCAGUGGGGAGCAAGGAGAUUUGAAUUAAUCCCUAUUUGUUAACCUUGUGUUGGCCAAGUGACACACAUUUAUGUGUGACACUAGAGCUUGUCCCGUUAGAGAUGAGGCAGACUGCCUGUACCUGCUCUAGCUGGGACAGGACAUGGUCGUGUUCAUUUUUGCUUCAUUUCUGGGUCUUCCUUAUUGUCAAACAUGAGGUCCCUGAUCAAGCCUCUGAAUUCAGCCCAUGUAAAUUGUAUUGAACAGCUGCUGCCUCCUGAAUAUGUCCCCUGUUUUCACUUGGUGGAAACCAAAUGCUUAGUUUGGAAAUACUGGAGCAAAACUGUGUCUUCACGCUAGGAGAGCUUGGGCUAUUGCAAAAAUAAAGCUUGUUUCAUGUUUGUUAUUUCUGUAAAGUGGUGACGGUGGGGAUGGAGAAAUCCAAGCAGAGUCAUGGUAGUUUCAUACUGAUGUUAAUUGCUCGUGUCCAUUGAUUCACCUUUCUUUUUUAACCUUCCACCCUGUAAUUUUUGCUUAUUGUUUCUGUAGCUGUGUUACAGUAAUAAUAGAAAGCCUAUCAAUUGAUGUAAGCCAUAACUAAAACAGUAAUCAGGGUAUUUUUUUGGUCUGUGUCACUGUGUUUGAAAGAUGAUUUAAUUCUAUUGAAUAAACCACUUUAACAGUUUUAUGGGAAA